AUGCGUGUGGUAGUGAUUGGAGCGGGAGUCAUUGGACUAUCCACGGCCCUCUGCAUUCAUGAGCGUUACCACCCGAGGCAGCCACUGCACAUGAAGAUCUAUGCAGACCGCUUCACCCCAUUCACCACCAGUGAUGUGGCUGCGGGCUUCUGGCAGCCCUAUCUCUCGGACCCCAGCAACCCACAGGAAGUGGAGUGGAACCAGCAAACCUUCGACUACCUGCUGAACCACAUUCACUCUCCAAACGCCGAAAAGAUGGGCUUGACCCUAAUCUCAGGCUACAAUCUCUUCCGGGAUGAAGUUCCGGAUCCUUUCUGGAGAAACACAGUUCUGGGAUUUCGGAAGCUGACCCCCAGAGAGAUGGACAUAUUCCCUGACUACAGCUAUGGCUGGUUCAACACAAGCCUGAUUUUGGAGGGGAAGAGCUACCUGCCGUGGCUGACUGAGAGGUUAAAGGAGAGAGGAGUGGAGUUCUUCCAUCGGAAGGUGGAGUCUUUCGAAGAGGUGGCAAGAGGAGGCGCGGACGUGAUCAUCAACUGCACCGGGGUGUGGGCUGGGGCGCUGCAGGCAGAUGCCUCGCUGCAGCCAGGCCGGGGCCAGAUCAUUCAGGUGGAGGCCCCUUGGAUGAAGCAUUACAUCCUCACCCAUGACCCAGCCCUCGGCGUCUACAACUCCCCGUACAUCAUCCCAGGGUUCAAGACAGUUACUCUCGGAGGUGUCUUCCAGCUGGGGAACUGGAAUGAAUUAAACAGUGUCCACGACCACAACACCAUCUGGAAGAGCUGCUGCAAACUGGAGCCCACCCUGAAGAAUGCAAGAAUCGUUGGGGAACUCACUGGCUUCCGGCCAGUCCGGCCUCAGGUUCGGCUAGAAAGAGAACAGCUUCAUUUUGGAUCUUCAAGUGCGGAGGUCAUCCACAACUAUGGUCAUGGAGGCUACGGGCUCACGAUUCACUGGGGUUGUGCCAUGGAGGCAGCCAACCUCUUUGGAGAAAUUCUAGAAGAAAAGAAGUUGUCCAGGAUGCCGCCAUCCCACCUCUGAGGACGCU